AGAACACAACGGCAAACAGCACAAGCGCAUCAUCACACACUCAACCCAUCUGCCCCGUCAUCGGCAGUCCACAGGAGAGGCCCUUCCCCGGAUGCGGCAGACGUGUGACUUUUAUGACAGAGCCUCUGGCCAUUCGAUGCGACUUUAGUGACGCAAUACCAGGCCAGGUCCCCGCGCACCAUGAAUUGGACGAGGACGAUGAGCUCAGCAGCGAGUUGCUCGACCACUAUGUCAGACGACACGAUGGUACGCCACGGAGACUACGCUGGCUUAGUGCCCUUGGGCAGUUUGUCAAGCAAAAUACAUCCUUGAGAGACACAGCGCAUCAUUAUACGCUCGACGAUUUUCCAGAGGGCUAUGUAUUUUUGGAGGAGUUCUCACGCGCUGGGAACUACCGCUAUAAAGGUGAAGCGUCGCUCUGGGGUCAUCCGUCAGGCAAGCAUUAUGCCUCGGUCGCAGAAUUCCAAAAACACCUUCUUUGGUUGUUGCUCGACGCACAGCAUAUUCCUGCAAAUUGCCUCUGCAAGCUCUGUAGGCAGCAUCGCACGGAAGCGCAAGCGAAUAAAGUUCAACUGGGAUUGCCAGUCACGGAGCGAGCGCCGUUGAUGACGGGUAUGAGCGAUAUCGCACUCGUCAUCAUGGCAAAAGCAAGGGCAGAUCAAGCGAGAGAUCUUGCACCGCAUGCUCCCAUCUACCGUUCAUUCGAGAUUGUCAAACAUCUUGCCAAAAAAGCCACGUUCAUUGUUGUUUCCAGCCGCAUGCUCGUUGUUCCUGACAUGUCACCGGCUAAUCAACUCCCGGCCCCUGUCAGAGUUCCUCACUACACACUUGUCGCCAUGAAUAGUCCGCACGAACAACUGGAAGGUGUGCCGCAAGCAGACCUGGCGCCAUUUUUCGCCAUCACGGGCGAUGAGGACCAGAUUCUGCGGGAUCCUCCUCACGUGUGUUCUACAGCGAGCCCCAUUGGCAAAUUCCAACUUCAAUACGCAGAUGAGGCUUUGCAAGAACCCAUUGGACCCAGAUUUACCGGCUUCUUUCUUGGUCCUGAAAAGGUGUACUGCUCGGAUAUAGUACGCAUCGCUUCUCGAGAGGGAGAACGCACAAAGUACAAGCUUAUGCAGGUGUCUGAUAUCUUCCUUGAUUCCCAGACCAAGAUUUACAAAGUGCGUGGCGAUGUGUUCGCCUUCCGCCACAAGCGCGAUACAGAUGUCGCAACGACGCCAAAACCUAUUGGAUCCGAUACACGGCCGAUUCCGGCUCAAAUAUUACAACACGCAUUGAUUGCUAAUCUCGACGUCACAUUCAUCAACAAGCCUCUGACCAGAUGUGAGUCCGUGCUCGGCGAUAUCAUGGGUCGUGACUAUCCGCUCUCGUCGUUACCCAGAUCGGGUCGCAAGUUUGCUAGUCUCGCCUCCGUCACACUCUCCCAAUUGUACAACUGUCGAGCCAAUGCUCUGUCAGAUGAGUUACGAAAUCGUGUCAAUGAGCUCCUCAAAGCAGAGCGCGAUGAGCCGCUUGAGCCAACUAUAAGACGAGGACAAGAUGGUGUGGCCACUCCAUCAAAGCUUGGCGCAGUUUCCGCAACCCUCAACAUUAACGGCAUCACGCAGUCUGCAAAUGGAUCUCGAGGCGUGUCUUUGAGAGGGUCUCCAGAGAUGGACAAUAGCUUAGAUGAGCCCAUGCCCGCACAUCUAUCAAAAGCAGGCUCUAACACCAAGAUCAACAUCAAGAGUAGCUCUGGUCUAACGCCGAAGUCGCCACAUCGCCCAGCUUUAUGGAAUCCUAGGAGGCAACACCACGGUGCUACGUCUGCUACGGGGAAUGAAACAGAUCAUGGCCCAGUUCGGCGCCGGAUCAGCUACACGCAAGCAACCUCAAUACUGCCAGACCAUGUUGAUCAAUCGAAUGUGCUACCCAAUCAGCCUGCCAAAGCUCAGCGAGCGGGUCGUACGAGGCCAUCUGGACGGACGGGUCAUGCGUCCUCUGAUUCCUCAGAUGGUUUGCCUGUGGUUCGGCGAAAGAGGAGAAGCAAUCGAGGCACCUCCCGCAGUACCGUACACAGAAUUGUCUCCCACGGAAGUGAUUCAAGUGCUGAUGCUGAUGUGAUGCGGCAACAAUUGGGGUCUAGCCAAGGCAAUGUGGCGUCUCCGAAGGUCAAACAACUUGCGCAAUCUGGCAACGAGGAGGAUAAUCCUAUUCUCCAUCGCAGAAAUAUUAAGCCGACUCAAAUCUCAUCUCGCAAACGACAAAAGAGAGUUGCUUUGAGCGCAGAGUCUAGCGGGGAAGAGCAAGAGCCGCUGGAACGACAAAUUAAUGCCAGAACGCCUGCACACCAAGAAACACAAUCAGGUGACAGAGCGCGCAACCUCACUGAUGUAGGGAAAGCGAACGACAGCACGCAAGUUACUCGCAAAGUUCGGGGUGGACCAAGCUUGCCCGGUGGAAGUCAGCCACGUCAGUCAAAUGGACUAGUGCGUACACAGCCAAUGCCAGUUGCAUCAGAGCGUCCAGAACGCCAAUUGAACACGACUACUGCUCAACAAUCAAACCUGUCGAUCGCACAGGCUCGUGAAAAGCUGCAAAAUCUUGCUGGCACUGUGUUGAAGGGCAAUAGCACAAUGGUGAACGGUGCGCGAAGGCCUGACAAGACUGGCAGCGUAAGUAUCAUUCACCCAUCAGCUAAGCAACCAGUGAGAGCGCCAUCCAUUCCUUCACAGCAGAACAGCGGCAAACGUGUACAAAACACAGCAGGGCGGGCGGCCGGCGCGCCUGACAGCAUUGAUGACAUUGACUUAUUUGCUACAACCGCAUCUGAAUAUAGCAGCGACUGAUCUCAACUCGUAGUGACAAAAUAGCAAAAUAUAAUGGGUCAAAAGGACGAUGCGAGACUGGCUAAUGCUGGACGCUAGACUGCCUUCCGCAGAGUAUGGUUUGGGCGCUUCAUGAAAUCAUUUCGUCAUUGGUCAUCUCGAUCAGCGUCUUCUUGAUCAUAGACGCUUGCAUAACUGGU